AGAAGAGCUAGAAAAAACGAAAGAGAGAGAGAGAGAGAGAGAGAUUUUUCAUCUUCUGAAGUUCUGAGCUUUUUGCGUGUAGCAGCGGUUCCUGGGCACCGCAUCACCGUGUCUCUGAGAAAAAACAGAGAGAUAAAUAACACUCUCUCAGCUCAACUGUGCCCUCCUUUUUCUUCUCUUUGUUCUAUUUAUGUGCUUCACUUUACUUCUUUCUCGAUCCAUUUGACCCACCAUAGCCAUUAACACAUGCACCUUCUCCCAGAUCUCUGCUGCUGAUUUGGUGAUCUUAGCAGAGUUGAUGGACUGGACCUGUAAAGGUGAUCAGAAUUGGUAUGAUCAACAUUUGCGCCUUGAUUAUAACAUCCCUGUCAAUUGAAGGCUCUGCGUGUUUCUUGAGUUGUUGCUUCUUAUAUAGUCCAGUUCAGUUUUGUGAUAUGAACUCCUCAGAAAGAUUUUGAAGUGAGGUUUUUCUUGUUCUAAGUUAUAGUGCAUUAUUGUAUAGACAUUGUGUACAGAAGAGUAAAAGCUAUAGUCUCUACCAACUGAAAAUCAUAUGGGUGGUAUUUGCUCAAAGUCAUGGAAAGCCACUGUGGAUGGUGUAGCUGUAAAUAAUGCUCUUAUUAGCGAAGGCUCGUCGUCGAGACAUGCUAACGGCCAUGUUAAUAAUGAGCCUGCAAUGACUUAUCAGUCUAUUGGACUUCCCACAAAUAGUAUAGAUAGCAGCAAUUCAAAUGUUCCCCCUCUUGUUGAUGAUGAUGAGUUGGAAAAGCAUGAAAGGGAAUCAUUUUCCUUUUCUGGGAUGGAAAAGGUAUCGUAUGGGUCCGGUGCAGACGAUAUCAACGAUGGAAUUCCUGCUCUAUCUAGAGCUUUAUCACAUAAGUCCAGAUCAGCCAAGUCCAAGCAGGCUGCUGCAAAGGUAUCGGAAGUGAGUUCACUUUUGGGCAGAGCUGGUACAGCUGGGCUUGGCAAGGCGGUAGAAGUUUUAGAUACGUUAGGUAGUAGUAUGACAAGUUUGAAUCUCAGUAGUGGUUUUACAUCAGGCAUGACAACAAAAGGAAAUAAAAUUUCAAUUUUGGCCUUUGAAGUCGCAAAUACAAUUGUUAAGGGUGCCAACCUGAUGCAAUCUCUUUCAAAAGAGAACAUUAGACAUUUGAAAGAAGUUGUUCUGCCAUCUGAAGGAGUGCAAAAUUUGAUAUCCAAAGAUAUGGAUGAACUCCUAAGAAUUGCUGCAACAGACAAAAGAGAAGAAUUGAAAAUCUUUUCUGGUGAAGUUGUACGUUUUGGAAACCGUUGCAAAGAUCCUCAGUGGCACAACCUUGAUCGUUACUUUGAGAUGUUAGGUUCAGAGCUUACACCACAAAGGCAAUUGAAAGAGGAGGCAGAAAUAGUGAUGCAGCAACUAAUGACACUUGUUCAAUGUACAGCUGAGUUAUAUCAUGAAUCGAAUGCCUUGGACAGAUUUGAUCAAGAUUACCGGCGCAAGCUUCAAGAAGAGGACAAUUCAAAUACCACACAAAGAGGAGACAGCCUUGCAAUUUUAAGAGCAGAAUUGAAGAGUCAAAAGAAGCAUGUGAGAAAUUUGAAGAAAAAAUCACUGUGGUCCAGGAUUUUGGAAGAGGUAAUGGAAAAGCUUGUAGACAUUGUGCAUUUUCUACAUUUGGAGAUACACGAAGCAUUUGGCAGUGCUGACAAUGAUCAGCCAGUAGAAGAGUCUCCGGGCAACUCGAUGAAGUUGGGGUCUGCUGGUCUUGCUUUGCAUUAUGCAAAUAUUAUCACCCAAAUUGAUACUCUUGUGUCUCGUUCGAGUUCCGUGCCUCCCAAUACAAGGGAUGCCUUAUAUCAAGGGCUACCACCUAAUGUAAAAUCGGCAUUGCGAUCAAGACUACAGUCAUUUCAACUCAAGGAAGAGCUUACAGUCCCACAAAUCAAAGCUGAAAUGGAGAAAACUUUGCAGUGGCUUGUGCCUAUUGCUACCAAUACAACAAAAGCUCAUCAUGGCUUUGGAUGGGUUGGAGAAUGGGCAAAUACAGGGUCUGAGGUCAACCGCAAACCUGCGGGUCAGACGGACUUAUUAAGAAUAGAGACACUACACCAUGCCGAUAAGGACAAAGCAGAAGCUUACAUUCUUGAACUUGUUGUCUGGCUCCAUCAUCUUGUCAGCCAAGUCAGAGCUGGUAACGGAGUUAGGUCUCCGGUCAAGUCUCCGAUUCGUUCUCCAACGCAAAACAUAGGACAAUUAUUUACACAGAAAGCCUGCUCCAAUUCUCCCAUAUUAACAGUAGAAGAUCAGCAAAUGCUUAGAGACGUCGGCAAGAGAAAACUGACGCCAGGAAUCAGCAAGAGUCAGGAAUUCGGCACAGCCAAGACUAGGUUGAGUAAGCACCAUAGGCUGAGCAAGAGUAGUAGUCAUUCCCCAAUAAGUGAAAGUAGUAGUAAGAAUGAUAUAUUCUCUUCUACUUCAACAAGGAGGCUACCUUCAAUUCCUUUUAUUGACUUUGACAUUGAUAGAAUGAAGGCCUUGGAUGUCAUUGAUAGGUUGGAUACAAUUAGGAGUUCAUAGUUGCAUGGCAAAAUCUUUGAUCCUAGAAAGUGAGGUAGUGGGAAUGUUGGAAUGGAUUUAAGAUCUUCAAUAUUAUAAUUACUUGUUCAAAGUUGGGUGCUGCCUCUGUUUGUUGAUUUCAAGAGUGGGGUUGUGAUGCAAGGCAUGUUCUUUCUUGAGAUUGCUGUAUAUGAUUAUGGGAUCGGAACAAGGGGGGAGGGGGUCAAAGUUUUUUUCUUAAUCAAAUGUAUAUGUACAGAUUUCAUGAUCAUAUAAUAAUUAUAAAUCAAUGUUUUCUCUUCA